CCCCGGGGACUCAGCUAUGUCCUCGGAAGAUGAUGAGCCCGUGGUCAAAGCAAUGUCUGUGUUGGGAGAUGUGCCAGAUCAACUGCCAAUACCAGUGGAAAUUAGUGCUGAAAUGAAACUUCAAUUAAAGGAGGAAAUUCGACAAUUUGGACAAAAAUAUGAAAGGGUCUUCAAAUUGCUUGAAGGAAUGGAAGGAUCUGUAGAACUGCGGGACAAAUUUUGUUUUAUUGUCCGUCAAGGAAACAGCAAGAUUGAUAUUAUCUAAGUCUCCCUCACUCUUCCAAGUUCAAGAAGACUUGUGUUCACACUGGAUUUUGAGGUAGGACAAGACCUCAAAAUACUGAUACUCUUUGUGUUUGCUGGGUUGUCCCUCACCAAAAUGGUCCAUUUUCUAUUCCCUUGUAGAUUGUGAACUUCCCUUUCUGUCCCCCACA